UUAGUGUUUACAAAUGUCCUUGAUGAUGGAGCAGGUUUCUUUUGUCUGUUUUUGGCUGAGCUUGUAACAACCCAAAUAUCAGGAAACCUAAACUAGAAUCCAUACUGUCCUCUCAUCCUGGCAGGGGGCAUACCCAGCCUUUGCCUGAUGGAGACCUGUUCUGUUCUGGUUUUGUCUGGGCCUUUUCAUCCUGGUCUCCUUUACUGCCAGAGUUCCCAGCGUGCCCCAGGUCUAAGGACGUGCAGCUGUGUUGUUUCUUGGCACACUGUUCCCCAGUGAUGGUGGCAAAAGACAGUUAGGUUGGACUGACAACAUUCAUCUUUCUUGGGGCCUUGUGGAUUCCCUGGCAUCCUGCUCUGAGACCACAACAGGGAUUGGAUGGUAAGAGCAUCUUCAGCUCCACAGAAAAUGGUGACAGAUGUUUCAUGGUUAGGGUCAGCACAGGAAAAGAUUCUGGGAGAUAAAGCCUGUAACGAAACCCACCAGGACCAUGAAAAGAGCAGUGUGGCCAGGGAGUAGAGACUCUGGGACCCUCAGGCUAGGUGACAUGGGAGAGCUUGGAUUUAAUAAUUACUCUCAGAACAGCAGCACUGUAUUUCUUGGGAAAUAGAAACACUGGUGAAUCCACUGGACUCACUUGCUAAAUCCUUGACUCAUUGCAGGAGGAGAUAUAAGGAGCCUUCGGUUUAAGGUUGGAAGAAGGGGAGUCACCGUUUGUUGACUAUCUACUGUGUGCCAGGCCCUGUGCUGUUCUGUGCUUGGUAUCCUUCUUGGUUUCCACACAAUCCAGGGAGAUGGACGAGAUGAAGGUUGCAGAAAGGAAGGCGACUUGCUGAGUGGCAAUCGUGUCCCCAGUUUGUACCUACAACUCAUUGGCACUGGGUUUUCCUAUGUGUCGUGUCAUCGGAUUAGAAAGAAAAAAAAUAUCCCUGCGUGGUGAGACACAUUGCUCUGAGACCUUUGUGGUAGCUGAGAAAGGGAACAGGGCCAGACUGCCAGGUCCUGUUGGGGAGGGACCAGACCAUCUUCAUUGAUGUAAUCUCAGCACUGAAGAAGACAUCAGGCAGUAAAAACGUCUGGGGUAGAUGCUUUGGCAUUCUGCCUGUGACCCCCCUGAACUUAACUACUUUAGUGCACGCUGGCCCCACUUUCAGCUGUCAGCACCUCUGGUUCUCUGAAAGCAAAAGCCUUCAUUGCCCAUACACAGGGAGGUCAGUGGCUCUGGAAAGUAACUGUUUGCUGAGCAUUGUCCUCAAGGGAAGGCUUCAGAGCCUUGCAAGUAUCCCACCCUGCCCUCCAGGGUAAGGACUCUGAGAUGUGUGCCCUAUCCUCACCCUCACAGCUCCUGCGGAGUUAAAUACUAAUUGUCCACACUGCCAACAUGCUCAAUCAUGAACUUACUUGGGGUGAACUUCCUCCCUGUCUUCAUUCCCAUGUACUUUCUGGGAUCAUCCCCCAAAUAGACUAUCCUCUUCUUUCAGGGUCUGUCUCUAGGGAAACGAGACUAUAACUGCAUAUAAUGAUGGUGUGUUGGGUGAGUGAAUGGAUGGAUGACAAACAGAGUAUUUAUCCAUGACCCCUGUCUGAGGAAACAACUGGGAGGACUCAGUUAUAAGGAGCCUUGAUGGGUUUCUUAGGGACCCAGUUAGGUUUGGGGAGGUAUAUCUUAUUGGGUAGGAAUGUGAGUGGGAAGUAACAGAGAAAAAAAAAUUAAAGCUAUGAAGUACUUCUGGGCUUGUUUGGGGUGAAGUCAGUGCUGUGUCUCCAACCUGGAUAAUUGGCCUCCGAAGAACACAGGAUUCGCCUGCUCAGAGACUCUCCAUUGGCUGCCUGGUUUCCUUGGAAUAAAAUCCAAGCCCACAUGAGACUCAAGGAUUCCUGCACAAGAGCGCAUCCCCUUCAUGGUAUGCUUCAGUUUUAUUUUUCUUUCCCCCUUUACUUCCUCCCUGUAAAUUCCUUCCUUCCUUCCUUCCUUCCUCUUUUCCUAUCUAAGCCCAGGGUUUUGCAUAUGCUAGGCAACCUCUCUACCAUUGAGCUACACCAUGAAUCUUAAUUCAAUUAAAAAAAAAACCAACAACAACAAAAAAACAAGGUGGGCUCUCACCAUGGUGCCUGGUUAGUCUCGAAUUUGCUAUUUAGCCUGGGCAGACCUUUGUCAUCUCCAGGAGCGUUCACCUGAGUUCUGGUAUUUACAGGCCCAUGCCACCUUGCCUCCUGCAGGUGCUUUGCCUGGAACACCCCUUGCUCACAGCUCUGCCUCUGUCCUGCUUUCUCCUUCCUUCAAGUUUCAGCUCAAAGUGACCUCCUUAGACACGAUUCUGCUGCCUGGCCAACUCCCCAGCUCAGCACCUUCCUCUUUCUAUUUUCAUCACAGAAUUCAUACCUCUGGAAGAUCUGUUGAUUAUUAUACCGACUGUUAUUAACUCAUUUUUCAUCUAACAUGUGGGCUAAAGAACAUUGUUGAUCUUGUUCUCUGAUGCCCUUGAAAACAGUGCCUGGCAUGCAGGAGCAAUGGGACACAUUUACUGACCGAACAAAAGACAGCCUCAAGAGAAGAUGGUGCAGGACAGUGAGGUGGAAGAAUUCUGGGCCGUGAAGACGUUGUGUUAGCCGCUGUUUGAUCUGCUGGUGACUGUAUCAGGACCAGCCGAGAGUCUUUAAAUGGACCAAAUGCGUUGGUGGUGGGUUAGGGGUACGACCACUAUCUCAGUGGUAGGAGAUCCAGAGCUCAAACCUCAAAGCCCACAGAGGUCGUGAUCUUACUCAGCAGUCACACAGCAUCCUCCAGAGUUCAUGCACUCACCUCAAACAAAGCUCUCUGGCCAUCCUACCCUACGCUCUACCACAUCACAGAGAUAGAGGCCACUGUAACUGUUUCUGUGAUAGUAACACCUUUAUUUAGAAAUUGUCCCAGUUUUCUCUUUUGUCAACGUCUAAGCAAACAUAUAUAGGACACACAAAUAACCCAAGCUUGUGGGAAAAUGUUGCUUCAAACCAGUGUCUUGUCCCGAAGUUCUCAGGCAGGUGUGUCCAACCCAUGGCCAAAAGUUCACAUGCUGCUAAGGACAGCUGUGAAUGCAUCCUAACAUAUAGUUGUAAAUAUACUUUAAAAAGUAAGAGAAAACGGGGUUGGGCUUUUUGUUUGUUUGUUUUUUUUUCUUUUGUUGUUCUUUUUAGCUUUCUGCUUUUGGUAACUCAAUUGUAAGUAUGAUCUCUGUAGAUGACAAUGUCAUAUCACAAUAUCAAAAGGUUGGGCAUGCCAGGAUAGGCCGUGGCUUCUCUACCCAAGCACCAUGGGCAUUGAGCCGGUCAGUUUCUUGUAGGGGGCUGGCCUGUGCAUUCCAGGGUGUCUGGCCACCUGCUUAGCCUCUACUCACCGUGUGCCUGUAACUCCCCAGUUGUGGGAACCAAAAAUGUAUCCUGACCUCGUAAACUAAUAGUAGAAGACCCAAUCCCCAUUACUUAGGAAGCCCCACGCUGAGUUACGGGAGGGCAGGCACCUCGUCUGUUUUGCUCAUUGCAUCCUCAGAACCUGGCUUUGGCUAAGCCCGUACAUAUUCACUGGAUGAAUCCAGGAGUGAACAGACGGAUAAACAAGUGGACACAACCAAAGCUCCUGGAUUGAGCUUCCGAAUCCCACAGCAUUCCUAGUUUGGGGACAUCACACAGUCUGUGGACUCCUUGACCAGUGAGCUCCAGAUUCUGCUCUAAUUUAUUCCAUCCAAUGUCCCAUAAAUAUCCCCAAGUGGCCAGAGUCUCUGGCUUGGUCUAUUUCAGCUUUGAGUACAGAACCCAGAAUCUUCUUUCAUUCUAAAGUGAAACAUGGAAAAUAAGCAGAAUAUAGGAGACUCCAGCCAAGCCACUGGGGGUCAUGUCCUCUGGGGUUCAACUCUAGAAGUUUCCAAGAUGCCGUUUCCCAGUGCACCCCCCAUAUUUCUCCAUCUCCCAGACAUGGGUGGAGCCAGCAGUCAUCAGGACACAGCACAGCUGUAUAAUAAAGCGACUGGACUCAAACCCCAGAUAUGAACACGGAAGGCUUCUAUAGACUCAAAGCCGUCUGACUUCACCCAGUGUCUGCUAAUGAAAAUAUGAGCUGCAUCUGAGCCGGGCCUUCUCCCUCACGUGCUCGGCUAAAUACCUUAAUAUCUUUAGAUUCCUUCCUGCUGUCUAAAUUGUGUGCAUCGUUUCUGACAUUUACGAGUUAUCUAUGAUGCCUGCAAGAUUAAACCAUCAUGAAAGUUCUCCAUCUGUAUGCGGUAUCCCUACCUCCCUCUUCAAGCUGGGCUAGAAUCAGACUUCACGAAGCUCGCCCCAUCUGCGUGAAACCAGAGGCCAGCUGCAGACCUUCCAAUCCCCAGCUGGGGUUUCAUUUCUGUUUGCUUGGCACAAGCCAGGAGCUAUCGUCUCAUUUUAGUAAGUCCUGGCUCACUGAACAUCUUCUAAGGACCAAGGCAUUGGGGAUAGACCAACAAGCAUGAAAGACAGACUUCUCCCCUUUCCGUGGAAAGACUUCACUUACCAAUCAGAGCAGAAACUAUACACAAAUGCCAGGAACUCGCCCUAGGGACUCCCUGAAGAAAUAUGGGGUGUGAGUUAACACCCAUGCUUCAGACUUGAGAAACUGAAAAACUUUGAUUUUCUCAGUAAUUUGGGAGAGCCAGCAAAGGGUCACUUCCGUUCCAAAAGCCAGGAUGCUCUCUUCUGUAUUGUGGACCAGGAAGAUAAACAUUCAAUGACUUAGCAGGAUAGUAUAAGGCAGGCUGAAAGAAAUGCUUACUAACAGGAUAAGCAAUGCCCUGUGGGAGAGCUGAGGAAGAGAGGAUUGAUUCACAUGCAGGGCUUAAUGAGUCUGGGUGGGAAGAACAAAGACAGUCUUGAUCGGUGGAAAAUAGGAAGCUUCCAGGGCUAAAGGGUGGCAAGCUGCACAGCCUCCAAGUUCAGGACCCAGCAGAGCAGGGAGAGUGUGGGAAGGGGGAGGCUGAUGGUGAAGGUGAUGUGGGGAUGAGGUAAAUCCAGCUUGCUGAAGCUCCAGAUGGUAGACUACGCUCAUUGGUCCUAGUGUAGCAUUCUGCAACAUCUCAGCGAUAGCUUAAAUGUAGCCGUGGAGAGAGCAUUUAUACCCUAGAAAUGAAUGAUCAACACCCUCACCCACUUUGUAGAAAGUUAGCUGUCAAAAACUCACCAACCUAUACUGAGAAUCUGGGAUAAGCUGCCUCCAAGGUGACCCCAAGUCUCCAAACUGCAAUGGAUACAAGGGCUCCGGAUAUUGAGGCUGACGGUAGAAAUUCAGAUCUGUAGUUUUAAAAAGCAGAGCUUACUGGUUGCCCUUUUCUUUUUUUCUUUUUUUUCCACCACACAAACUGGAAAUGUCCUGCCUAAAGAGAAGUAAAUAGCCCUUUCAGUGAGGAGAAAAAAUCAAAGCAAAGAUCUGACCUGCCGCAAUUUCUUAGUGAGGAGACAGGCAGAGGCAUGCACGGCCCCUUCAUCUAUGACCAAUAUCACAUUAUCCCAGACUCGCUGAUUCAGAAUUCUCUCCCCAUAGAUCAGGGCUUUGCCCCUUCCAUUACCAGCUAAUCCAAAUGGACCUGGUGCUAACUUAAUUUCCAGGAUAAUGGAGGCCCGAUCUGUUUGCACAAUUGGCUCCCACAUCCUGGCAGCAUUUGCUGAAUCCUUAAAAAUCAGCGAAGCUGUGGCCGAUCAACGUACCCUCUGUCCCAGUACAAGAGUUGGAACAUCUGCCUAGCCCUCCACGUGGCCAGUCCUCACAGUGGACGAGCCCCAGUGCAGGCUGCUUCACAGGGGACAUACUGGAUUCUCACUACAGCCCAGGAAGAAAGCCUCUGUGAUUAUGUUUCACAGAUUAGGAACUAAGAGGAGGAACGUGAAUUAGGAAGCUGAGAAACAUAGCCGCAGAAUACAGCUAGCAAGCCUAAGGGCAUGGAUCUCCUUAAUCUGGGUCUCCCAGAUUAAGUGGAUGUUCUCAAUGAAAUUCCAAAGAUCCCUGCAAGAAGGAAGCUGGUGUCACUACGGAGCAGAAGGCACUUGAUGACAGAAGCAAAAGUUAGGGAGAUGAGGCUGCACACCAGGGAAAGGAGAUCAAAGAGGCAAGAGACAGAUUCUAUCUCUGGAGCUUCCAGAAGCCUUGGUGUCACUUUGAUUCCAGCCAUGCGAGUCUCGCUGCCAACUUCUAGACUACAGAACUGUAUCAGGACAAGCCCCUGUUGUUUGAAGCUGCUGAGUUUGUGGUAACUUGUUACAGCAGCGACAGGAAACUCAUACACUUUCAAAGGCAAGAGGGAGAGAAUGAAAUCCACCAGUCCGGCCUCUAUGGAAAUCAGCAUGAAUGUUUCUCAAAAGACAAAACUUAGGUCUACCACACGAUACCCAAUGAUACCACUCCUGGGUGUUCGCCUAGAGGACUCUAAAUGAACAUAUCAUGAGACAUCUGCACAUCAGUGUUUAUUGCAGCACUGUUCCUAACAGAUAAGUUAUGAAGCCAACAGAGGUGUCAACAAGAGGAGUGAAUAAAGAAAAUUGCUACACAAACAUGGUAAAAUUAUUUUUCAGCCAUAAAGAACAAGAGUCGUUCUAUUUGCAGGAAAUUGGACGCAGUGAAGAUCAUCAUUGGAAGCUGUCUGAGAAAGAUAAACAUCAUACAUUUUCUCUCAUUUGUAGUUAUUAGGUUUAUGUCUAUACCUACCAUCAAUCGUGUGUGUGUGUGUGUGUGUGUGUGUGUGUGUUUAUUUAUGUGUGCUGACUAAUUUAAUGUCAACUUGAUAUAUACUAAAGUCAUCUGAGAGGAGAGAACUCCAAUUGAGAAAAUGCCUCUAUAAGAUUAGGCUGUAGGUAAGGCAGUAUGGCAUUUUCUUAAUUAGUGAUUGAUGGGGUAGGGCCCCCCCACCCCCCCGUGAGUGGUGCCAUCCCAGGGCUGGUGGUCCUAAGUUCUAUAAGAAAGCAGGCUGAACAAGCCAUGAUGGCCAAGCCAAUAAGCAGUACCCUUUCAUGGCCUUUGCAUCACUUCCUGUUUCCAGGUUCCCAGCCUGCUUGAGUUCCUGUUCUGAACAUCCUUCCAUAGUGAUUGUGGAAGUGUAAGUCAAAUAAACCCUUUCCUCCCCAAGUUGCUUUGGCCAUGGUGUUUCAUCAUGGCACUGGUGACCCUAACGGACACUAUGAAAGUGGAUGUGAACCUGUCUACAGAGACAAAGAUGACCAACAGGAAGGGGAAGGGCAAGGAAGAGGUGGUGGUUUGAAUGAGAAACGUCCCCGAUAAGUUUAUGUAUUGAAACACUUGGAAGUGCUAUUUUGGCAUGUCACGGAAGCAUCAGGGGGAGCAUCCUUGUUGAAAGAGGUACAUUACUGGGGUGGGCUUUGACAGUUUACAGCCUCGAAUGGCUUCCAUUUUCUCUUUCCUUUGCGUUUGUGGCUGGAGGUGAGAUCUCCCUGUUUCAUGCUCUGGCUGCCCGAGGCCCUGCUUGCUCUGCCAUUACGGAGUUUCCCUCAGGAACUGUAAGCCCAAAUUAGCUCUUCCAUAAGUUGCUGUUAGUCAUGGUGUAUUGUCACAGCAAUAGAAAAGUAGCUAAUGUGGAAGAGGGGGUUGGAGGAUGCGCGGGGGGGGAAUACAACCAAAGUACAAUGUAUGCCUGCAUGAAAGUUUGAAAACUAAGUAAGAUGUCAGUGGGAAGAAGGAAGAGGGCAUGAGUCCUUCCCUGAGCAUAGAAGGAAUGGCAAGUGCCUUGGGGUGUCCUGGGCUUGCUCUAGGUUCCCUUACAUCCUCAUUUUCCCUUCUUCCUCUUACCCCACCAACUGAAUUCAAUAGAAACGCCUCCACCCCAUUUCCUUUCCAAUAGAGGACUGGACUGCAACUGAGUGACAGGUAGCACCACCCUGAUCUGGAUUUUGCUCCAUGGGCCAUGAUCUAUGUGUUCCCAGAUGCCACCCGUUGUUUCUCUGAAUUUCAGGGCUGUCUGGAUAAGUCCCUGGGUUUUAAUUUCUGUUUGCUAAUGCAAAUGAAUUCUAUACACUCAGGGUAGAAAAUUGAGCCUACCAGGAGAGCAUCUCAAGCCUCUCAAACCUCCUGGGUACAGAUUGUUUGCAUUCAGGUUUCAUGUAAACAGGUGCCUAAAGCUGCCUGCAGAGCCCUCUCUAAGCUGCAGGCUGGGAAUCCAUCCUGCAGGGUGAAGAGCCAAUGUAAGGCAAUGUGGGCUCGUUUCUCUGAUGUCCAGAGCCAGAAGCUAGGACCAGACUGGUCCUGUAAAUUAAAGGCAGAGAAAGAAAACCUGACCAUAACCCUACUUGGAGAGACCAGAAGCCAAUCCUGGAAGUUUACACAGUUGAGAGUUAUGAAGGUGAGUUUGGGAUCUGGAGUAUCUUGAAGGGUCAGGAAUGAAAUGGCAGUGGCAGUCAGGAAAUUACCAGAGGUGACAGGAAGUGAGAAGGUCAGUUUUUGGGGGCCAGACCUGGCAACAGUGGUGAGAUCAGGCCUAUGGGUAAAGUUCAGAAGAUUAUGAAAUGGCUUGCCUGAAAGAUGGUGGUCUAGACAGUACUUCAAGUCCUGUUACUAUCCUGUUUGAGAAUCUAAAUUAUCUUAAUUCUUUUUGUGUUUGGUUUUUAGUUUUUGGUUUUUUGUUUAUUUGGUUGGUUUGGUUUGGUUUUGGUUUGGUUGGGUUUGUUUUUUUGGCAGUGUCUCACUAUAUAAUAACCUGGUUGGUCAGGAACUUACUAUGUAGACCAGAAUGGUCUUGAACUAACAGAGAUCUACAUGCCUCUGCCUCCUGACUGCUGGAAUAAAGCCAUGUGCCACAUUUGUAGUAGAUGUGUUUCUUGGUCUUUAUGUGGGCUCCCUAACAACUGAGGCAGGGGGUUAUCUCUGACUCUAUUGCCUGCCUUUGGGUCCCCUUCCCUUAUCUGGGCCGCCUUGUUGGGCCUCAGUGGGAUAGGGUGUGCUUAGUCCUGCUGGGACUUGAUGUGGUAGGGCAGGUUGGUACCCAUGGAGGGUGUCCCCUUCUCUGAGGAAAAAGGGAGGGAGUAAUGGGGAGAAGAGUUUGUGAGGGUCAGACUGGGGGUGGGAAAGGUAUGUGUUACCACAUCUGGUGGUCUUAAAUGUUCUUAACUUUAUCUAUAUUUUUUGGUAGACAAGUAGUAAGAGCUAUAUGGAGCUGGUUGCCAUCCCCCCUUCACCUGAUUGGCUAGGAGUUUUAGAUGCCAAACUCUCUGAGUUGAGUUUCACGUAUCCAGAAUGAGGGGGAUAGUAUUUAGAUGGUAUUAUAGCUUCAUUUCAGUUGCUGUGAUAAAAUAUCCUGGCAGAUAGUAGCUCGGAAUAAAAGGGGACACUUAUUUGGCUUACCAUUCCAGUUACAGUCCAGAGACUUGCAAGGAAGCCAAGAUAGGAGCAAAGCGACACCGGCAGUCAUGAACAGAGACAGAACAUACUCCCAGAUCCUUAGGUGCCUGAUUGAUUGCUUGCUUGUUUUCAGCUGGCUUUCUCCUUUGUCUUACAGUUCAGGAUUCCCCACCUAGGGGAUUGUACCACCCACAAUAGACUUGUUUUCCAGUAGUCAUUAAUAAUCAAGACAACCCUCCCAGAGAUGCCUGCAGGUCAACUUUAUCUAAAUAAUUCCUCGUUGAGACUCUUUCCAAGUUAUUCCAGCUCAUGUCAAGUUGAUAGUUAAAAGUAAGCAACGUGGAUGGUCAUUGUGAGAGUUCAUGAGACUGGCUAUGGUAGAUUGCGUAUUCGCUCCCUAUCCCCUGUAACAAUCCCCAUACCUUGAGAGAAGAAGCACGAGUCAUAAGACAUAGCAUAGACAAGCAUGCUGGUGCUGUUUGUUUGUUUGUUUGGGCUUGAGUGUGACAGGACUUUGGCCAAUGCUUACCCUGGACUUAAAAGCAUAUUUUUGAUACUCCCUACCUUGCUACUGUUGUAUCACAUUCAAAGCCACAUAUCUCUGGGCUUCUCAUUUGGAGAAUGCCUAGUGUGCCAAACAGCGGGGUUGGAACCGGAAAACAGCAGCUCUUCAAGUUCAGAAGCAACGUCCACGACUCCACUUGAGGGCUCGCUCGGCCAGCAGUGCUGGGCUCCCAGCAACAAACAAGGAUUUAAGGUUGCUACAGCCUGAGGAAACUCCAUGCUAUUGGAUCUAUAGCCUCUUAGUGAGCAUCCACUCUUGUUGUCUGCUCAACACACCGACCUGAGUUACUAGCCAGAGGGUCAGCUUCCUAGAGAUCAUACCCUGCUGUGCUGACCUUUAAAAGAUGGGUGAAUUUUCUCCAUGUUUUAGUUCUUCCGUGAUGAGAAAGGACUGGACAUCAGAGUUUCCAAGCAGCAGGCUCCUAAAUGCUUAAUCUUUUCAAAAAAAUCUGAUGCUGUCUGUUGUGCAGCCAUACAUGUCUUUCAAAUCUUAAUGCUUAUAGCUGGAGAUCCCCUGAUUUCAUUGUGUGUGUGGAUUAUGUUGGGGCUUUGUUACAGGCAAACAGCAGCAGAGCCCGAGACUGCAUUUCUAAUAAGUUUUUGGGUGAUGGCAAGGUUGCAGAUCCCCAAGGACUUAAGGGAGCACUCACUCUAAGACAAGGACAGAACCGAAGGGUUCUAGAAGGGAAAGUCAUGGCUGAACUAGCACAGCUGCCCAUGUCAGUGCCUGCGGUAGGUGGGUGAUGUUUCUCACCUAAUUCCCAGGACAAACUUGUGGAGUUAGGAUUAGAAUCAAAUUUCACAGAUGAGGGAUCAGAAAGCCCAGGGAUCCGCAAACACAGCCCCGGAGGCAAACGGCGGGCAAAGGGGGGCAGAGACCCCAGCUUCUGCUCUUUCUCUGCUGAGCAGCUGGCGUAUCCAUGAAGAGGAAGCCCAGCUCCAAUCUACCAACGAGGAAACAUGCCAGCGAAGCCAACCUAGGGAUAAAAUCCAUCUCAAUCUUCACUCAAAAAAUAAAAACAAAACCCUGUGAAAUGAUUCCUCAGCAGUCAAAAUAGAAAUAGGUAUUUUAGAAUAACGAUGGCAUGUAGAGAAGGUACGUAGAGAUGAGUGUCCUCACACACUUUGGAGAGAGUACAUCUAACCUGCUGACUGGAAAAAAAUGGCGGUCAUCAAGCGUCUAUCUGUGAGAAUCUGUCCUAAUGAAACCUUGAAGUUAUGUGGGCUAGAGCUGCUCAGGAGACAGUGAUGGCAGAGGAGUGGAGCCCUAUCCCCACCCCGUGGAGCAAUGGGGUGUUGUAGUGGAUGUCCACAUAAUGGGAUUUUGUGCUGUCAUUGAACAAUAUGUAUAGACUUGGGUUAUCAACAAGGAAGGGUGGUCUGAAAAUCAUCCAUGGAGAAUAAAAAUGGAUACUAAAAAUAACAAGACAUUAAAGAAGAUGGAAAGAAAUUUGCCCAACAUUUUUGCAGAUAGAAGUAAAUUGGAGAAUUAUAUCUGAUUAUUUUAAAGAUACAGUUUUCCCAAAUAUUUUUUUCUUUUUCUUUUCUUUUCUUUUUUUUUUUCAGAGCUGGGGACCGAACCCAGGGCCUUGUGCUCUACCACUGAGCUAAAUCCCCAACCCCUUUCCCAAAUAUUUUUUUUUGUUCUUUUUUUCGGAGCUGGGGACCGAACCCAGGGCCUUGCGCUUCCUAGGUAAGCGCUCUACCACUGAGCUAAAUCCCCAGCCCCCCAAAUAUUUUUAAUUAUAUGUGACCUUUAUGGUGAUUUUAGAAAUAAAAUAUAUAUGCAAGACUCACAUCCAUUGACUUAAAAGUCAGGUGUUCUCUAAAGUCCAACACGUUGUUGCCAUUUUCAUAGUGACUUUCAAGAUCAUUUUGGAGACACGACUGAUUGAUCAGUGAUCAACGAGUCAACAGCAGCUAUGGUUUCUCUAGCCUCAACUCCUGAGGUUAAGUAUGUCCCCAAGUCUAUGAUAAUCUCUGACAUCAACUUCAGUAAAACACUGAAGACACUAAGGUCGAUCACUGGUAUAUAUACCAUACCCUUUGAAUGCUGAGGGAGAAGCAGAGUUUGCAGACAGCCUAAAGUUUGGAAGAGGAGAGGUGACAAUUAAUUCUUAUCUCUGGAGUGAGUAGUGGGCCCCUGAAUCUGGAGGGUAGAGGAAAGGGCAUAAAAGGAGAGUCUUAGGAGUGAGAUGUCCCAUAAGUAGGAAAGAGGCUCCAGGCCAGCAUAGGACAGAAAGGCACUGUCAAGUGUGUCUAUAAACACUUGACAGGAAACCAGUGGGUACAUGCUGGGCUCAAGAAACCAUUCCACUGCCUGGCCUGGCCUAGGAAGGGUGCACGUGAGGGUGGGAAGAGCUGAGUAGAGUAAUGGCAUCAUCCAGGGCUGUAGCCAUCUUGCUGUGGGGUUUGAUUUUAUGUAAAAGGUACCAAGAAGGAUUGUGUUCUGUGGUCAAUGAGUCAACAACUUUGGUUUGUGUGCAUCGGUCUGAUGCCACUAUAUAUUCAAAUGCUAAAUUAUGUACCCCCAAAUCUGGUUGCUCCAAGAUGAGGAGAUCCUCAUGUGUACCAGCUUUGCUUUUUUUGUUUAACUCGCCCCCCCAACCCCCAAGAUAUCCCGGAUGACUACAGCCUGGGCUGGACAAAAGAGAGGAGGAGGAGAGAGUUCCCAGCUUAGGGUCUCAGGCAGAAAUCAGGAGGAGGGAAGAAAGGACAUGGGUAGGGGGCAGAGGGGGGAAGGAAGCCACUACGGGGUUGGGGGUUCAUGAGCACAUGGAUAUGAGGACCUCCCUGUUGGAAAAGGAGCUGGCCAGGUGGAACAAGGCAAGUGAUGUCUCAGGGUUAUUGACAGGAAGUAGAAAAAUAGCACAGAGGGUUGAUAUGUGUCAGCUCUAAUGCGUCCAGGCUUAUUAUGAAUAUAAAGGCUUUUGUGACUUUUAUCUGGGAACUAAAUGACCUGAGGUAGGGUAGAAAUAUACAAAUAAUAUUUACCAAAACAGAGAGAGGUUUUUAAAGAGAGAGGAUCCUGACUGGGCUGGAAAUCAAUGAAGAUCACACCUCUCACUAGCUGGCUACAAAGUGAGGGAGUUCAGCUGUGCUUCGGUGGGUGGGGUGGUAAGAUUGUUGCAAUAGUUGAAGUAAGGCACAGGGGAUGACUUAGGGAUAGACAGGAAUGAAUAGAUGGGAGCUCAAGGCAGUAAAUCAAUAGUUCCAUUGUCUUUCAAAUUUGCUGGCUGCAGAUGGUUAGGGAGAGGAAGAUACUCCCAGGAUUCUAGCUUGGGUAGCUCGUUGACUAUUGCGAUGUUUGUAACUGCUAAUUUACAGACCAUAUUGUCAGGGAAAAUAAGAAUAGGCCAUUUUUAUAGAAGAAAAUGUAAUCUAGACGCAACUAAUCAGGCCAUCUAAAAUGAAGGUGCACCCACUGACGGAAUGCCAUGUCUUCUUGAGCAUUCGUGGGCCUCUGUCUUCCUGCCCUUGUUCAGCACUGCGAUGCCAAAGUGGGCUGGUUUAGUAGGAGGUUCAUGCGUUUGGAGAGCAAUGGGCACUGUUUUCUGAAAGCACUGCCUUUAUAGACAGAUGGAUAUCCUGAGUCAAUCAGGGGCCUGCAGGGUGGAGAGUAAGGGGAUUACAAGGCACGCUGGUCUCUGUGAAGCACUUAGGGAAGUGGCCUUUCCUCACAAACGAAAUCAAGGUCUGAGGACAUGAAUCAAUUGCUAAAGUAACUGCUGUGUAAGCUGGAGUUUCGAUCCCUGUCUAAGUCAGGGUUUGCAUUACUGCGAGGAGACACCAUGGCCAAGGUAACUCUUACAAAAGAAAACAUUGAACCGAGACUGGCUAUAGUUUCAGAGGCUUAGUCCAUUAUCGUCAUGGCAGGAAACAUGGUAGAGUGCAGGCGGACAUGGUGCUGGAGAAGGAGCUGAGAGGUCUCCAUCUUGAUCUGAAAGCAGCAGGAGACUGCGGGCCAUAUUUGGGGGUAGCUUGAGCAUAGGAGAGCUCAAGGCGUACCCAACCAUGACACACUUCCUCCAACAAGGUCACACCCACUCUAACAAGGCCACACCUCCUAACAGUGCCACUCCCUAUGAAGCACACAUUCAAACACAAGAGUCUAUGGGGCCAUACCUUUUCAAACCAUCACAAUUCCUAAUACCCGUCUAAUAGGUGGGCACAGUGACACAUGCCCAUCUAUCUGUACUGUGAUGGGAGAGACAAACAGAGCCUUGGAAUUCACUGGCCAACAAACCUAGCUGAAUCCACAAGCUUCAUGCCUAGUGAGAGAUAUUUUUUUUUUUUUUUGGUUCUUUUUUUCGGAGCUGGGGACCGAACCCAGGGCCUUGCGCUUCCUAGGUAAGCGCUCUACCACUGAGCUAAAUCCCCAGCCCCUAGUGAGAGAUAUUUUUGAAAAAUAAAAGGGGGAGAGUGAUCAAGGAAGUACCCAAGCGGACCUUUCAUCUCUACAUGUAUGUAUACACACAUGUACAUGCACACCAUAAUCCUCACAACAGAUACACACAGACACACAGACACACACACAGACACACAGACGCACACACACAGACACACAGACGCACGCACACACACACACACACUCACAUACACACAAACCACAAACGAGUGUGUGCGCAAGUGCAAGAGGGGGAAGAGAGAAAGAGAAUGAAAGGAAGCAUGUUGUCAAGGUUUGCUUUUGUUUGUUUGUGGAACACAUGCACACACACUCAUUUCACAAAUGAGAUUCAGUCUGACCCUGUAGUCAAUUUUACAUCAUGAUGCUUGCUAAGGUUCAGUCCCACUACAGUCUGAGACUUCUGCUUUCAAAUGCCUGACUUUUCCUAUACAUUGUAUCCAUCUCACUUAAGGAGUAGUGUCUGAUGCUCUCCUGGAGAACAUUAUAAACCCAAGGAAGCAGCCAGCAGCCUUGUGUUGGACAGACUCUAGCCUCUAGUUCCAGACAGAGCUGGGUUUAAAUCCACCUUCCUUUCCUUUCCGGGUGACCUUGGGUUCAUCUUCUUUGAAUCUCAGUUUUCUUCUUUGUGAGUCAAGGGUAACAGCAUCACCUUCAGGCUUGUUUCAAUGAUUAAGUAACAAGAGGCAGGUGAAACACUGGCUCACAGUAGCCACUCACAAUGACUCUCAUUUCUUUCUUCCCUUCAGAAACUUCCAGAGCUGCAAGGUUUACCAAUGCACUCAAGGGCAUGCUCAAAAAUGGCUUCCCCUCUGGGUCUUAGAAGAGAAGGCCUGGGAAGCCAGGUCCAAUUCUGUCAGGGUUUGAUACUGUACAGAAGCCAUUACGGUAACCCGGGCUUGAGACCGUCUUUUAGAAUAUGGAAAUUUCUGCAGCAAAAUCUCCUUUUAAAGACAGUCCUUUGCUACAUAGUGCAACUUGUGCUUUCAAAUGUUUUUAUUUAAAAUAAAUUAGCCAUGCUGUUGACUCUGGCAGGAAACCACAGACUGUGCUCUCAGUCUGCUCCACUACACCGUGCUGCAGCGAGUUCCCGAUUGGAGCUGAGCUGAGGGUGGCUUCCUGAUGCUGUGGGUGGGCACGGGUUGAGGGUGCAGAGAGCCAGGCUCGCAUAACUGCUCUCCUACCACAUGUUCACUCUGUGACCUUGGGAAUGCCCUCAACUGCUCCACUCAGCCACCCACCCUUAUCCCUCCAUGCAUGUCCAGUGCCUAGCAUAGCAGGGCUCAAACACUUCAGUAAAUGAACUUUGCUUCCCUUCUCCUGAAAGGUGGAUAUCUUGAAUACCACUCCUAUCUUGAAGGGUGGGAUUAAAGAUCCAGAGCAGAGGUGGGAGGUGGGGUGGGAAUAGCUCCGUCAGUAAAGUCCUUGCUGCGCAAGUGUGAGGACCUGAGUUUGGGUCCUCAGAACACAUGUGAAAAAAUUGGGUGUGGCUGUAUGUCAUGCAUUCUCGGUACUGAGGGGGUGGGGGUGGGUCGGGGGCGGGGCCAGGAAGGUCCCUUGGGCUUGCUAGAUAUCUAGUCUGGCCAGUUGGUGAGAGACCGUGACUCACAAAGGAAGGUGGAGAGCAACUGAGGGAUAUAGCCCACAUACAUGCACACACAUGUACACAUAUGAAUGUAUGCACAUACCACAAUAGACACGUAAGCAUACAUAAAGAUCCAAAAAAGAGUAUAGCAUGCACUGCUCCUUGCUCACAGGGUGCACACUCCCUGAGAGCUGACUCUGCUGUUCUUAUCAGUAUUAUUAGCCGAGUACUGCUUCCGGUGGAUGUGGGGGGCGGGGGGACGUGACUUCAACCUCUUGUUGUGUGUGGCAGUUAUGCCUCACACACAGUAGGAGUUCAGUCAGUGAUAAGGUUUGAAAGCCUAUUUUUCUGUCAGUCUCCAGCAUAGACUGUAAGCAAGAUCUGUCUGCUCAGGGCAUUUUUCUUCCUUCGCCCUCCCUCCCUCCCUCCUCUCUUCAGGGUACGCAGUGAUAACUGGGGAGCUACUGUAUUUGAUGAUUCAGGAUCUGUUAUGCAUAUUCCCCAACCCCACCCAUAUAAGGAAGACUCAAGCCAGGCCCUGGGAAUUAUUUUCAGUAUUUUAUCCAGCUAUUCUUGUCUCUAACACGGUGCAGUGGGUGGUUAGAGCUGGUGAUUUUCCGCUCUUUCGUGCGCACGGGACCAGAAUAAACAGUGCAGGGUGAGUCACUUCAGACCCUUAAAGCUUCACUUACUUAAAAUCUCAAGGGCCUAAUGAAGCUCAGAAUGUCACCUUUUCCAGAACAGCCAUAAGCAGGUGGGAAACAUACCAUGCUCUAAGUAGUCCAAGACUUCUCACACAGGAAGUCUGCUACUAGCUAGCUAGUAGUGCCCAGAGGGGAGACGUGCAGAGACAGCCGCUGCCGCCGCCACCCCUCUAAGGGCUCCACACACAUUACUUCCUACCUCGCUUCAUUUAAUCUUUACUAUGACCUUGGUGAAGUAAUACACUUAAUGCCACCGAGGUAGUAACAGCCCCGCACAUAUUUCUUGCCUACUUAGGUGUGGGACACUUGCUCUCCAAGCCUUAACAGCCACACCUUGACUCUUCACAGCAGUGCUGUCACAUGCUUCUUGCUCUCUACUUCAGAGAGGAGGAAACGGAAGCUGGAAGAAUGAGAGAGACAAGAAACAGACCUUUGGAUUUCACUAUCCAGGGCUCUGUUUCCUACCUCUCACUCUGUUAUCAGGGCAUUGAUGAAUGUUCAGACAUUUGUCUGUGUUAUACAAGAAGCCAGAAAGUGAUCUGGGUGUCAGGAACACUGUUACUCCAACAAUGUGUGUGUGUGUGUGUGUGUGUGUGUGUGUGUGUGUGUGUGUAAAACACAGAAAGAUUGUCAGACAAACUACAUUCAGACAGGCCUCAGAAAUAGAAAGACAGCUUUAGAUACACAGAUAUAGAUGAUUAGAUAGACAGACAGACAGACUUCAAGAACCAUAAACUGGUGAUGGCUUUCUAUAUUCUUUGAGUCCAGCUCUGGUUGCUUUGGAAAUAACAAGAAAUCCACAAGAAGAGACUUUGUUAAGGACCGUAUCUACCUAGCUUCUGUGCCUCCUCGGCACUGGGGAAAACCUGUUUAAGAUUCUGCUUUUAAAGAGGAUCAAAAAC